AUGCUAAGAGGCAGAAUUGGAAAAUGGACCUUGGCCUUGACAGAAUUUGCCUUCAGAUAUGUUCCUCAGAAAGCCGUCAAAGGACAAGCUGUGGCAGACUUCCUAGCAGAUCAUCCCGGAGAGGAGAUUGAAAAUAUGGACUCUUUAGACAUAGCAAAUGCAGAUCUAUUAACCAGAGCUCACACCUGCCAUCUACUCAGGGCAGGAAUUGUCUUGGAAGAACCACUUGGAAUCAGACACUGCUAUUCUUUCCAAUUGGAUUUCCAAUGCACCAACAACAGGGCAGAAUAUGAGGCCUUAAUCAUUGGCUUAGAAAUACUGGUAGAACUAGGAAUCCAAUCUGUGGAAAUUCUGGGAGAUUCCAUGCUAGUUUUGAAACAAAUUGCUGGAGAAUACAAGUGCCUAAGCCCUUCUUUGGCUGUCUACUUGGUGGCAGCUAGGAAUCUUCUGACAGAAUUCAGAGAAGCCACUUGGGAACAUAUCCCAAGGGAAGAAAAUUUUGCAGCCAAUGAAUUGGCCCAGGUGGCAACAGGCGUACAAAUGCCCGAAGACUGUGUACAAAGAAUCAUCAGGAUAGGAAAGAAAAGCCUACCAUCUGUUCUGGCCAGAGGGAUGGAGAUAGAUGUCAAUUCUGCCACAAUUGCUGAAGAUGAUUGGAGAAAUCCUAUCAUGACCUAUCUACGAUAUCCAACUUUGCCCUCUGAGAAGAGAGUCAGAAUCAUGGCUUUAAACUACCUUAUGUGGAAUGAAGAUUUGGUCCGAAAGAGAAAGGAUGAGGUGCUUUUAAGGUGCCUCGAAAAGAAAGAAUACAUGAAAGUUAUGGGGGAAACCCAUGAAGGAAUCUGUGGAGCACAUCAAGGUGGGAGAAAAAUGUGCUGGUUAAUUAGGAGAUAUGGCUACUUCUGGCCAACCAUGAUGAAAGAUUGCAUUAACUAUUCCAAGGGGUGUGAAUCUUGUCAAAGACACGGCCCAGUCCAGCAGGCUCCAUCAGUUCCCAUGAAUCCAGUGGUAAAACCAUGGCCCUUGAGAGGAUGGGCAAUGGAUCUCAUUGGUAAGAUCUAUCCAGCCAGCAGCCAGCAGCACUGCUUUAUCAUUGUUGCCACAGACUAUUUCACUAAGUGGGUGGAAGCCAAGGCUGUUAAAUCUACUACAUCUCAAGAGAUCAUCACUUUCAUAGAAGAGCAGAUUAUCCAAAGAUUUGGCAUCCCAGAAUCAAUCACAACUGAUAGAGGAUCCUCCUUCAUAUCCGUCACUUCCUUGCGCAACUUUGUCUUAAAUAAAGCAAUAUUGAAUAUCCAUGUCUUUAAGAAGUGUAUAUCUUUUAUUAUUUUGUUCAUAUAUAUAUACAACUUAUGA